GAAAAUACUUACGGGCUAUUCAUUUUCUCUAGUUUUCAUACAAAUAAGUCAAAUUAUAAUUAAAUCGAGUCGUUUUGAAUAGAUCCUCGACCGGACGAAAAAUUACCGGGCCGAGUCGAGUUAGGUUGGUAGUGAAGGUUAAAUAGUCUAUCGGCCGUGUCUGAAUCUGGUGAAAAGGGGGCUGGGCACUUUACAAUUCUCCCGAUCGUCCUUCUGAAACUGAACGUUCACUGCCAAUUUUGAAUAUUUUUUCGCUUCAAAAAUGAAAAUUUGCGGCCCUAAAUGCUCCCUCUGCGGUCUCGUGAUCAGCGUUUGGGGCAUUAUUCAGCUGGUAUGCAUGGGCAUAUUUUAUUAUGCUCACAGUGUAGCAUUACUUGAAGAUAUUCACUUACAAGAGUCUUACACUGACACUCAGGUUUUUUUCCGCGAUGCUGAUAAUGGAUAUGCAAUGAAUGCUUACAACUGUUGGAUUGCUGCCUGCCUGUACAUUUUCACGUUAGUUUUCUCCGCUCACCAGUUUUACGUUAACAGCCGUAUGCAGGUCUAGAAUCAAUCUUCCAUUAUCCUAUAGGUACUUGAUUCAUUACAAAACAAAUUUCAGUUAUUAAUGUUAAUAGAAUAUCUAUAAUUUUUUUUUUAAAUAUUAUUUAGUCUGACUACAAUUGUAAUAUAUUUAUCAUAUAUCUCCCUGAAAUACAAUGACUUUACAUUUUCUUCUGUAAACAAAUCGACAGAAAAAAUAAUAGAGUUGCAAUAUAUUAAAUUUUCUAUUUAUUGUACAAAUGUGAUCUAAAUUUUACCUUGAAAGUAUUCAUCGGUAAUAAUCCAUUAACAUUUUGUGUCAUCAUCGAUCAACAAAUAUUUUGAUAAAAGGGUUUCUAUCUGUACCUAAUUCUCAUAAUGUACUUAUAUAUCAAUUUUACAGUUAUGUACAUAAUAGGAUUACAUUUUAGAGAAGCGAUCAAUGUUUAUGUUCAAAAGGUGAAAAUUAGCCGUCAGAGAGAAAAUUGUUGUGAACUUAUAAAGUUGUAUAUAUUUUAAAAUUUUGUUUCAAGAUCAUUGUAGCUAUGUUAAUUGUAUUUAUAUGUACAUUAUCUUACCAAAUUGUAGCAUAUUGAGAGUUAAUUUUAGAUAAUUUUGUGUAGAAAAUAUUUGUUCUUUAUUGUUGAUGGUAAAAGUAAGGUAUGAAGAUUGAAAAGCAUUCCAUGUAAAAACACGUUAACAGUUAAAAACUAUGUCUAGUUAGAAUUUACAAUUUCAUGUUCCACCUAUCAAGAAAAUGCUAUUUUGUAAUUCAUAAUAAAACAGAAAAAAAUAUAUAUAAGCAAAAUUAUAAUCUUA